AUGGACCAGCUCAGGAGACUCAUUCAAUCGGAUGCCAAAGGAAUAAUGGAAAAGAUACGAUUGUGUUUAAGAAAGAAACUGCUGCGAGAUUUGGAAGACAGAAGGAAAUAUCAUGAGGAGUUUGCCUCAUCCACUUCAUUUCAUGGUGUGCAUAACAUUGUCCACAAGCAGAGCAAGGCUCGCAGGGUGCUGUGGCUGCUGAUAGUCGUAGGCUGCCUUGCCAUUGUUAUUUGGCAGAUCUGCAGUCGCUUCAUCUACUACUUCAGCUGGCCAACCACAACUACAGUGGUGGUCCAGUAUGUGGAAAACGUCAAAUUCCCUGCUGUGACCUUCUGCAACUUGAACAGGUUUCAAGCUCAUGCAGUGAGCAACCUGAAAGAAAUUUUUUUUAUUUGGAACAUUGUGUCUGCAAUUCUCAAAAAAUUUUCUAUAGAAGAUAAAUAUUUCCAGGAGUUAAGUUAUUUCCUUCUCAGGAACCAAAACUUCAGCAUCAAAGACUUCACAAGGAAAAAUGGGUUUUAUCUGAACAGCAGCACACUGCUAGAAUGUGAUUUUUUUGGAAAGCCAUGUUAUCCGCAGGAUUUUGAACAUGUUUUCACUGAAUAUGGAAACUGCUUUACUUUUAAUCACAAUGAUCUUCCAGCAAGAAGAGUGAGUUUGUCUGGAAGAGGCUUACAUUUGCUUUUUGAUGUCCAGCAGGACAAAUUCACGGAUGAACCUGCUCUUGGUUACACUGAUGUUGGAAUAACUUUUGUUAUCCAUUCACCCCAAGAGCUUCCACGUUUUGAUGGUUUAGGUUUACUGACACCAGUGGGGAUGCACGCACAGGUUGCAAUCCGCCAGCUGAAGUCAAUUAUCCAAGAAUACCCAUGGGGAGAGUGCAAGCCUGACAUAAAGCUUCAGUACCACAAGAUUUAUAGUACUAAUGGAUGUUUGCUGGAAUGCAAAGCCCGGUACAUACAGGACUGGUGUGGCUGUUUGCCAUUCAUUCUUCCAGGAAAUGGAACCGAAUGUGACUUGCUGAAGUUUUACAAAUGUGUUUAUCCAGCAGUCUAUGAUAUAGAGAUAAAAGGAUUAUGUACAGUAGGAACGCAUAAUUCCACUUGUCCUGCCCCAUGUGAAGAAACAGAUUAUCCUACCACUGUCACCUAUUCAAACUUUGGAGGAGAAAAAGCCAUAAAAUAUUUUUCUACAAAAUUGAAGAAAAGCCCAGAAUACAUCAGGCAAAAUCUUGUGCAGAUUGAGAUUAAAUACCAUGAUCUGAGCUACAAAAUAACACAGCAACAGAAGGCCUUGACUAUCUCUGACUUGCUUGCCGACGUAGGUGGCCAGCUUGGAUUGUUUUGUGGUGCCAGUAUGAUUACAAUCAUAGAACUGCUAGAGUACAUUUUUACUAACUUCUGUUGGAUGUGCAUCUUUCUUCUUUUGAAAGCCCCUGAAAUGCCUCAAUGGAACAAUCCAUCCCAGAACCAAUCAACACACAAGGAAAAAGAGCGGGGAAUACAAGAAUGUUAG